AUGCCUUGUCCAGCCAUUGAUCUUGAGCCAUACAAGGCUGAGAUUACAGCUUUGUAUCAAAGAAAUGAGCCAGUGGCUGCAAUACAAGAUUAUCUGAAGGAGUCAUUCAAUCUUCAGCUCAGCAAGCGUACACUUGAAUCACGUCUUCAAGAAUGGGGUUUGCUGCAUCAGGAUCGUACAGUCAGUAUUAAUACUGAUGUACAGGCACGAAUAAAAGUACUCUUUUUCCAGGUUGGCCUUGAAGAUAAAGAUAUCCUUUAUGUUUUACAUCAGGAAGGAGUGACUCUGGCACCUUGUACACUCAGGCGUAUGCGUAAAAGUCUUGGACUUGUACGCCGUACUGAUUCUCCUUUUGAGAGACAGCGUCAAACUGAAGCUAUUCUACAAGCUCUUAUUGAGGAAUCUGAGAAAGGCAAGAUCCAAGGAUUUGGUAGAGGAUUACUCCACCAGUAUAUACGUACAAAAGGCCAUAUCAUUACUCGAGCUCGCCUUUUUCAAGCUUACCGUACAACAUUUCCUGAUCGAGUCUUUGCCCGUCGUCAUCAGCUGCAGCGCCAACGAGGAGAAUAUAUUGUACCUGGACCAAAUUUUCUUUGGUCAGUGGAUGGUUAUAUGAAGCUGGAGCCGUACGGGAUUGAGAUAUAUGCAGGAAUAGAUGCCUAUUCUCGCUAUAUUAUCUGGAUCUAUUGUGGGAUUACUACUCGUACAGCUAUCAGUGUCUUAAAUCAAUUUUUAGAUAUUGUGGAAACUGUACAGCUACAACCACAAAAGAUCCGAUCCGAUCAUGGCUCAGAAAGAGGUCGUUUUCAAGAUAUCUAUCUACAGCUUCAGCAGGCUGCUCUGUAUAAGUCGCGGACAUAUUUCCGUACACUGAAGGAUAAAGGUCUAUUCAGUAAAAGCUGUACAGCUGAUCAGAUUGCUUUACUAAGUAUUUACAUACCUAUAAUUCGUACAGAGAUCUAUGGCUAUGUAGAACUUUGGAAUGUCCAUCAAAUCCGGAAGCAACGCAAUCGGCCAAAUUCUGUUGCUGGAAAACCAUAUAUACUUUAUCAUCAUCCGAAAGAAGGUGUACGAGGCUACGGGCUUCCUAUUAAACAAGAAGUUCUGGAUAUACAACGACAAUCUGUACACAGAUUCGAUAUUGAUGAGUAUCUACCAGAAGAAACUCUUCGUUUCUGCCGUACAGUAUUGCUGGGGAUUGGCUUUGACCCUGAAAGACCACCACCACUUCAGCCAGAGGAUGAGGCAGCCCCUUUUCGUACAAUCUAUUUGGAGCUAAGAGAGAUUAUUAGCUUUCAUAUAGAUCUCUUUGUUGAGCCUUUUCUUGGCUUAUUAUCCCGACCAACAGCUGGCCGACGUUCAAAUCCCGAGGUGGAUUAG